UCUCGAUUCUCGAAGUCAUCGACGGUCGGAGUCCUACUACUUACCGUCACAAACUAAUUUCACUACACAACGCCAGUAUUAUUCAUCGACCCUUUCUUCGCUCCUCCUGCAAACGGACCUUCAAGGUCGACUCGGAUUCAGACAGCCUCGUUUUUGUUAUCUCUGAGCUAUGUCUGUGAACUCUCGAAAGUCGCGCAAGCGAGCGCGCGCCGACAUCGACUCGGAAGAUGAGUCGUCGGCGGCAAUGGCGGCGAAGGAAGACUUGAAGCACGACGACCAAGUAUGGUUCGACGACGGCAACGUAGUGCUCGUCGCAGAAAGCAUCGCAUUCUGCAUUCACCGAGGCUUGUUAUCGCUGCACUCGGAAGUGUUCCGCGGCAUGUUCACAAUGCCGCCCCCUGAGAACGAAGAGACUGUGGCCGGAUGUCCUGUCGUCCGAGUCUCCGACGCAGCUCAAGAAAUGCGAUAUAUGCUGUGGGCACUGUACAAUGGCAGAGCAUUUCGAAAUCCUCGAGCGCAGGUUCCAUUCAAGGUCGUCGCGGCUCUCCUUCGCUUGGCGCAUAAAUAUCAAAUCACUUACCUCCGGGAGGAGGCGCUGGCCAGAAUCAAGACCGUCUAUGUUGACGACUCUUUGGACUUCAUGACCGAGGAAUGCCCAUCGCACCCACUUCUCACGUACGAAGAGGAAGACGCCUUCGAUGUUGUUCAGCUGGCUCAUUUAACCGACACACCGUCACUUCUCCCCGCCGCGUUAUACCUCUGCUGUGAGACCGAGCCAUUCUGGGAGCCAACAAACAUCAUCAAGAGUUUCCUCUCGAAAAGGGAUGAAGAGCCGUACAAUCUUCUGUCCCAGGAGGAUGUUUUCCGGUGUCUUGCUGCGCGUCCCCAGCUUGUGGAAGCGAGGUUAGCGGUGUUCAGCUAUAUCUUUUCAGACGCAGGGGGCAUGCAGUGUAGAGCCUCUGGGCUUUGUCGUGGAGCCCUCGCUUUUAUCAAGAAUAGGUUCUUUGAGGCUCAGUCAGAGGUCCCAGAAUGGCCUGUCAGAAUUGAUUGCCUAUAUCCGCGCGCGGACGACGUCAUGAGCGACACAUGCUACUCAGGCCAAUAUUCCUUCUGCUCCUCCUGCCAGACGUAUUUCAAGGGGAGGGACAAAGACAUACGGGAAAGAAUCUGGUCGGACUUGCCGAGUUACUUCGGUUUGGACAUACCAGGUUGGGUGAAGCACUGAUGGCUCGUGAUGGGCGGAUUUGGCAGUCUCUGACGUUGAGUUUUUUUGCCGCUCUGGCUCAUCUACGCAUGUCCUGUUGAUGUGCGGUUUGUUAAACCUGCUUCAUGUGUCAACCAACCAAAUAUCUAUCCUCGC